CAACCAUCACUAGCUAGUUGUCGUCGCCGGUUGGUGAUCUCAAAGUCGGCUCUGAAGGAGCGGCACUGCGGAGUUCUCUUAAAACAACAUCGGAUACUUUGGCACAACUAAUUUACAUUGGUUAGGUUUAUCUAUUAAUAUAAGGCGUGGAUUUAAAAAGUGUAAAGUGUCCCGUUUAGGUAGCUAAAUUAAAAUCUAACGUGAUGGCCGACAUCGACAAGCUCAACAUAGACAGUAUCAUUCAGCGGCUCUUGGAAGUGCGAGGAUCAAAGCCGGGGAAGAAUGUUCAGCUCCAGGAGAAUGAGAUCCGUGGGCUGUGUCUCAAAUCCCGCGAGAUCUUCCUGAGCCAGCCCAUCCUGCUGGAGCUGGAGGCUCCACUCAAGAUCUGCGGAGACAUCCACGGCCAGUACUACGACCUGCUGCGGCUCUUCGAGUACGGCGGCUACCCGCCCGAGAGCAACUACCUGUUCCUGGGCGACUACGUGGACCGAGGGAAGCAGUCGCUGGAGACCAUCUGCCUGCUGCUGGCCUACAAGAUCAAGUACCCUGAGAACUUCUUCCUGCUGCGCGGCAACCACGAGUGCGCCUCCAUCAACCGCAUCUACGGCUUCUACGACGAGUGCAAAAGACGCUACAAUAUCAAGCUCUGGAAGACCUUCACCGACUGCUUCAACUGCCUCCCCAUCGCUGCCAUUGUGGAUGAGAAGAUCUUUUGCUGCCAUGGAGGCCUGUCCCCUGACCUGCAGUCCAUGGAGCAGAUCAGGCGCAUCAUGCGCCCCACCGACGUGCCGGACCAAGGCCUGCUGUGCGACCUGCUGUGGUCCGACCCGGACAAGGACGUGCUGGGCUGGGGCGAGAACGACCGCGGCGUCUCUUUCACGUUCGGAGCCGAAGUGGUGGCUAAGUUCCUGCACAAGCACGACCUGGACCUCAUCUGUCGGGCACAUCAGGUGGUCGAGGAUGGUUACGAGUUCUUUGCCAAGAGGCAGCUGGUGACUCUCUUCUCUGCACCCAACUACUGUGGAGAGUUCGACAACGCUGGAGCCAUGAUGAGUGUGGAUGAGACGCUCAUGUGCUCUUUCCAGAUCUUGAAGCCAGCGGAGAAGAAGAAGCCCAACUCCAGCCGUCCAGUGACCCCGCCCAGGAACAUGGUGACCAAGCAGGCGAAGAAAUGAGGGGCCCACCGCCCCCGCGGGCAUCGGGGGUCAUGACCCGAACGUGUUGGCCAUGCUGGACUCUUCUCAUGUGGUCUUCAUCUGUCUGCUUGGAGCUCCACUUUUCCCUCUUGGUUCUUUUUAGUGGUCGCUUGAACUCACUCGAACUGUCGACUGCCUUUUUAUUUUCCUCUUUGUUUUUUGUUUCCCCCUCUUUUGUGUUCCGUCCACGUUUUUUUUUUUUUUUAAUUUUUGCAGCGACCCACGAAAAAGACCACACUGCUCCACAGAAUGAGACGGGGAGGUCAUGGGAUGUGGGGUGGGUGGGGGCACAUUGUAUAGUUUCCUUUUUUUGUUUGUUUUGUUUUUAAUGUAAUUGGCUCAUUUUUCAUUUUGGUAAAUCUCCAGAGACUUAAAUGGCUUUUUCUAACCUUGAAUACUUCAGGAUCGAGCAUUUCAGUCUCCAGCACCAUUUCACAAACACACACACACACACACACACACACACACGACACACUUCCAUUCACACACACACUCGCACGCUUGCUGGCAGCAGGAUGGCAGGAAUCACGCUUUGAAGCGCUCCGCUCUGUGGCUGGGAAAGACCUCACACUCGCCCCGCAGGACCUUUGAACACUCCAGAGCUCCAGCCGAACAGACGACAGGAAGAAGAAACCGUAAACAAAAAGAAAACGAAAAAGGAGAAAAAAAAAACAGAAAAAUGACCCGUACUUCUAUUGCUCCCAAAUGUAGUUGUUCAAACCACUGUGAUCAAACCAUACUCAGUGUGUUCACUUUAGCAUGAAGCAAAGCAGAAUAGCUUUUCUGAAACGCAAGAGGCUGUCAUUUUCGACUUCAUUUUUCCCUCAUGUAGAUUUCUAGGCCUUUCACCUUUUUGUUUCUGCCUGGUGUUCGUGCCAUGGGAUUUGGGCUACCAUUUUGCUCUCGUCAAAUAUAUUUUUGAAAGUCGUUGGCUUGUUUUAUAUUUGUAUUUUAUUUUUCUUAAUUUUUUGGAAGCCAUCGUUGGCAGUGCGUUUUGUUUGUUUGUUUUUUUAGGAUUUUCAUUUUCCUUCUUCACCAUGAGUUUUGGUUGUAGCACUCUUCCUAUGGAUGUACGCUCCCUCUGCUAAUUUUUUUUUAUAAUCCAUCAAAGGAAGUUGGUGGGUUUGUUUGAAGCACAGCUGAGACACUUCAGAUCGGAAACACACUUGGUCUGUCCAAUGCGGUCAUUGUAGAUCUUAAGUACUGUUUUCAUGUCCAUCUUAUAACAUGAUGCCUUGUUUCUUCUUCUGCUACUGCUUCUCAUGUUGUGUUCUUUGGGACUCACCGAUGAGGCAUGUCAUGCCUCCAGAAGUUUUUUUUUUUUUUUUGUUUGUUUUUUUUCCUGCAUCCUGUUUGGGCAUGCGGAUGAUGACGGAAGGCGACAACGAUAUCUCCAGGAGGACUUUUAUGUUGCAUGCAUCUAGUCUUUAGAAAUGUUAGGACUUUUAGGCACACUGCCUUCUCUCUCUUUCUGCCAAUCUCUCUCUUUUUCUCUCUCUCUCUCUCUCUUCUGGCAUGCGUGUUUCAGCAUGCCCACCAUGAUGUAGCUGUCCAUCAGGUAUUUAACUUUUUAAAAUCCAAACUCAAGAUUUCUUUUGUCAUGCUUUUUUCUCUCUCUCUCUUUUCUUAUCUCCUGUUCAUCUCAUGUCUCACCUUAAACCUGCUGUACAACUCAGAAAAACAACUUUUGUUCAGUCUUGGCAAUAAAACUCAGAUUUCCACAUAGAA